AGGAGCGAGCACUGUGUCCGCCAUCGGCGCAGUCACACCAACGAAAAGCCAUUCAAGUGCAAAUUCUGCCAUCGCGGUUACGCUCGGAAAGAUCUCGUCGUCCGUCAUGAGGAAACUCUUUACAACUCUGACACACGCUUGCAGCUUUCGGUCAACUAUCGCUGUCACUCUCUAGCCUCGUAA